UCCUUUUUCCACAACCCCGCCACGCCACAACUGAAAGCUCAAACCCUCCUCACCUCACAACACAACUAAUCAUUUAGCUGUACCUGUUUCUCUCUCUCUCUCUAAAAAUUCAUAUACUUUUCUCCACCAUCGAAUUCCUUUCUCUCUCCUCAAUCUCCGCCCUUAGACCAGGAUUUUCCAGAUCCCUGUAACCAAACACUCCCCCUCCUCCCCCCAUCUUUUCUCUCUUUUGAUUUUCUCGAGAAAAUAAAUAUAUUUAUAAAAAAAAAAAUUAGGGUUAGGGUUAGGGUUUCGAGAAGAAACUCUCAGAGACAGAGAGAUAUAAUGAGCUUUCAGGAUCUCGAGGCUGGGCGGCCCUUGUCUUCGAGGCGAGACCGAGUCAAUGGCAAGCAAGACUCAACCCAAGCCGUUGCCUCCGGGAUCUUUCAGAUCAACACCGCCGUGUCCACGUUUCAGAGACUCGUCAACACGCUCGGUACCCCGAAGGACACGCCUGAGCUCCGCGAGAAGCUGCACAAGACAAGGCAACAUAUUGGGCAAUUAGUGAAGGAUACAUCGGCUAAACUUAAACAAGCUAGUGAAAUAGAUCAUCGCGCUGAAGUUAAUGCCAGCAAAAAAAUUGCCGAUGCUAAACUUGCAAAAGAUUUUCAAGCAGUGCUGAGAGAAUUUCAGAAGGCUCAGCGGCUGGCAGCUGAGCGGGAAACAGCAUACACUCCUUUUGUUCCCCAAUCAGUUCUUCCUUCUAGCUACACAGCAAGUGAGAUAGAUGUAAGUUCAGAUAAGAGUCCAGAACAGCGUGCUCUUCUUGUGGAAUCCAGAAGACAGGAGGUCUUGCUUCUGGACAAUGAAAUUGCCUUCAACGAGGCUGUAAUUGAGGAAAGAGACCAAGGUAUACAAGAAAUCCAGCAACAAAUUGGUGAAGUGAGUGAGAUCUUUAAAGAUCUUGCUGUACUGGUCCAUGAGCAAGGAACCAUGAUUGAUGAUAUUGGCUCCAAUAUUGAGGGCUCUCACGCAGCAACUGCCCAAGCAAAGUCUCAACUUGCAAAAGCUGCAAAGACCCAAAGAUCUAAUUCGUCUCUGACAUGCUUGCUCUUGGUGAUAUUUGGGAUUGUGCUUCUCAUUGUAGUCAUAGUACUUGCGGCUUAAUCAGAAGCUCUCUGAUUCGAUAAUAGAGUGAAUUCAGAAUGUGGUCACUGCUGCAGCAACAAGAUAGAAUCGCUUUGUUAAUUUUUCAAAAGUGUUGUUUUAUGAGGCAUCAAGGCUGACGGAAGUGUCAUUUCUAGUCCAAGGUAGUAUAUAAAUCGGUUUUCUGCUUAUGAUAUUGGGUUGUUUUUAUUUGGGUGGUGGGGUGUUUGUUCUUGUCUGUAAGUCGGUGUUUGGGGUUUUGAGGAUGUGUUACAUGCUUACAGCUUCUUGUGGUGUUUGGGGUUUUGGAGGAUGUGUUCUACAGUCUUACAGCUUCCUGUGGUGUUUGGGGUUUUGGAGGAUGUGUUACAGGCUUACAGCUUCUUGUGUAAUGGUCACUUUAUUCUAUUUAUAAUAAAAUUCAUUAUUCUUUGGGUUUA